AUGGGGACAUCGACGCUGGACGCCAGCGUCGGACCUUCGUCCCAGCCCUUCCAGCUGGCUGCGUUGCCGUCGGACAGGGGAUUUUCCUUCGAAUCCGAAAGAUGGAUCCUCGCCGUCCUCGUCAUCAUCGUUAUUGAGUUGGCGGGUCUUCUGCUGUACCUCGUCGGGAGGACAGUACGACGUCGGUGUACCGGUUCAUGCGAUGAAUCGUGCCCAAAGGCGAAUUCUUGCGCCUCGCCGGAGUCGCCGCCGCUCAUGAUCGGCGAGGUGACGCCUCUUCCGCAGAAGAAGGGGUUUUCCACUCCCAAGCAGGAUGCCAGCCUCGUCCACUCCGAAUGUUCAACAUUUGAGGCUCUGCCGAACGACCUCCGGCUGUCUUCUUCGCAUUCCGGGGAUUUCGUCUCUCCUCCCGCAGAUGCCCAGAAUGCAGGCGUGGAGCCGGAGCCCGGUCUCGCUUGCGCGGAAGACGCUGUGCCAUGGCCGCUCAAGUCCAAGGAAAAACUCACGGUGUUUUUCGAUUCCGACUCGUCGAUCUCGUCUCUUUCCCGGGUUUUCCCCGCCCCGCUCGGUGCACGUCCACAGGGGAUUCCGAGAGUCGAGGAGAAAGCAAAGAGCGGCCGCAGCAGAAUGCUGCCGGCGGCUCUUCUUGCCGCCCUCGAGGGCGUCUCGGAUUCGGUGUCGACACACGCGCCGGAGGGAGACUCGAACAAGCGCGCCGGCAAGGAUGAGAGAAGCGCUGCCGACCGCUCGGAAGGCAGUGCAUAUGACCUUAAGGCUGUAGGAAAGAGGACUGACGGCUCCGAUGACAGGCGGCUGCAGUGUUCCUUCCCCGGCUCCUCGGUCGAGUCGCUUUCCAGCGUGUGGAAGGCAGCAGGCACGCUUCACGACGAAGACGACAUCAGCGAUAUGAGGGAACGGCGGAUGUACCCUCGGAGGUCCAUGCUUCAGUGUCGCCUUGCGAUGCAAGAGCGGCAAGCGAUGUUCAUGGGGAGAAGUCGGGAGGACGAGAAGCUGUCGUGCUCCCCUUACACAGACGCGGGUAGCCCUUCUGUUUGCGGUCAGGUGGAGGACUUGCUCUUGCCGUCGUCGUCUCUCGAGUUGGUGCGGAGUCUCCGGUGUGAGGCGGUCGAUCCCUCGGCGCGUCUCCGUUCCUUCCAGAAUUCCCGCGCGUCGCGUUUCUCAGGUGGAGCCUCAAACGGGUCGACAGGUUCCGUGCUGGUGGCCUCCUCGCAAGACUCGCUCGAAUCGCUCUCUGCCACGGAGGCUGGGUUCAGUUCCGAAGACCUCCAGAAGCGGGGUCGUUGUGGCUACGCCGACGAGCGACAGUCGGGCACCUUCGCAGCGCGGGGGAGUCCAACGCACCGCGGGGUUUCCGCGCGGGAGGACAGAGUGACGGGCGACGAAGAGUCCGCUGCUGAGCGGCGAGACCAGGUGGACCGGGAGGGUUUGUGGCGGAGGGCGACUGGCGCUGAAAGCCCGUCCAAGGUGGCAGAAAAAACCCGCCUGAACAAGACCACUCCUCCCGCAAAGGGAGAGUUUGAGCACGUCCUUGAAAGAGCCAUGAAGCUCAAGCAACUCGACAUCGCGAUCACCGUUCACGACAGCCUGCGCGCAGCAAACGUCAAGAUUGAUCGCAGGAGCUACACACUCCUCGUCCAAAUCGCGAUGAGCCGCAAAGACGUCGCCUUGCAGUCCCAGUGGCUGCUGGAGAUGAUCGACGAAGGCCACGCAAUCGACGCGAGUUGGCUAGAUCGUCUCCUCGCUGCGGCGUCAGUCUGCGAUCCGCCCGCCGCCGCGGCUCUCCAAAAGGAGCUAGAGUCGCGCAGCGCGUCGCUCUCGCCGGAGUGCCUGGAGGUUCUCAAGAGUGCGAAAACCUACAUCUCUGUCGGCGCAAAUUUGCUGCGACGCGCAGUAGGCGGGACCGGCAGGCGACUCCGACAUGAAGAGAAGAAGGCGCGGAAGGGCUCUAAGGGAGAAGACGAGGAAGGGGCGAGCGACGCGUCUCUCUCCCAUGCGUCCGGCGAAGGAAAACGCGAGGAGCUCGGGGAGAACGAGGCCGGUUCCGGAGGACAACAGACGGCGUCGGGGAACAGGUCGCCUUCCAGUUUGCCCACCUUGAACCCGCAUGCUCCGGAGUUUGUUCCGUUGACGCUUCGCUCCCUGUCCUGCCGCACGGAGACACUUGGUGUGGCGCCGUACGCUGCGAUUUCUCCGUCUUUCUCUCCUCUCUCGGUGUCUUCGCAAGCUGCCACGGUGCCGCCGUCCUGCGCAGUCGCGGCCCCAGCACUGAACCUGAAUGCGUUCGGCACCACGUCGUCCGCCUUGUCGCCGGCUCUCUCGAAGAAGGGUGGUGUGGCGUCGCCUUUGUCGACGCUUCGCCUUCUCCAGGCUCACGCGCCGCCGUGCGUCGCUACACCGGACGCAGUCGCCGCGUCGCUCUUGGCAGUGCUGUCUUCCACCUCGCUUUCGUCGGUUCCAGAGCCGAUGCGGACGCCUGUGCCGACGCCGCCGGGCUACGCCCUCGCGGCAAGGGCCGAAGAGGUUAAGCCCCGAAGCGCGGCAGAGACGGGCGCCGACGCGGAGAAGACCACGCUUCGCCUUCAAAUGCAGGAAAUGUACACGCGAGCGAAAGAGGGGAGAGGAAAGGGAGCGCAUGCGGGAUCCACCUUGGGGAAAGAUGCGAAGGAGAAAGAGCGGACGAAUGAGAAAAGGGAGGUGCGAAGCAACGAGCUGGAGAAGGCGUCGUGCCUAGAUCAGUUCAAGGCGUUCAACGUCAGAAUGUCCGGUGCGCUCAACGCACCUGCGCUCGGUGGGAGGAGGCCGCCCUGCACGCUGUCUUCGGACAGAGAAGGGAAGAAAGAAGUCGAGAACGGCGAGAAGUCUGUGCGGAGUUCGCUCCCGAACAGCGGCACAACGAGUGCGUACCACGGCGAUGACGAGCGAGGAGCGAGCGACGAGAGCGCUCAGAGUGAAUAG